UUCAUUUAAUAUAUUCUCUGUAUAUAUAACUUUUUUAUCUGCAAAAUACCCACUUAAAGUUUGGAAUCUCUUCUAGUUCACCCAUUAAUUUGGGUCAAAUUCUUUAUGGGUUUUUAGUUGUUAAUGAGUCCCUUUCAUUGGUCAAUAUCAAAUGCACUUGUUCUGUUUGUUGAUAUAUAUGUAUGAGAAAUUCAUUCAUGAUUGGGAUCUUCCUCAUUCAUUUCUUCUAAAAUGUGGUUUGAUUGCACUAUUGGGUUGUGGUGGCUAAGUUCUUGUUGGGUGUUGAGUCUUCAUGAGCCACUGAAUCAUUGUUUUUGUGGGAUUUUGAUGUCUGGUUCGAGCAUUUGAGCUUCGCAUUUGUUCAAAGUUACUCUUCCAUUUUACUUGCAAAACUAUUGCAAAUGGUCUUAUCACAGAUCAUAUUUGAAGCUUUGCUUUUAAAAAUCCACCUGGGUUUUGGUGUUUCUCAUUUCCAAGUUUCGGGUUUCCUACAAGUUUAGAUGCUACAAUGGAAAUCAAUUCAUCAAAUUUGUCCUGGAUUUCUUUUGUUUUUAAACAUUAUACACAGUAAAGGCACAUAAAAUAUUUUAUUUAUUUAUUUUUCAUCUAAAAUCACCACUGAGAACUGUUUGAAAAAAUCAUUUGUUUCAAAUUUUGUCUAGGUCGCUUAUUUUUUUAAUUAAAGAUUAGUUUUAUCACUUUUUUCCCAUUUGGAAAUACAUGCCCAUUGAAUCAAAUCAUAGACUGAGAGGAACAAUCAGAGAAGUAGAAGUGACAGCAUGGCUUUCUUAACAGGAUCAUCAGGAAAUUCUUGGCAGCCAGUCAUGACUGCCGACACAACCACACCAAGUUACUGGCUGAACUGGAGGGUCAUGCUUUGUAUCAUUUGGGUGUUGUUGUCAUUGAUUAUUACAUCCCUUCUUAUUUCAAAAUACGAAGGACCACGCAAAUCGAGACACAGAAAUAGAGAAUCCCAGGAAGAGCCGGCAGGACUACUGUACGAGGAUGAGGUUUGGAAACCGUGUCUGAAAGGAAUACAUCCUGCUUGGUUGCUGGCAUUCCGAGUUGCUGCGUUCUUUGUUCUUUUGUCUCUACUGAUUGCAAAUGCGGCUGUUGAUGGUGGUGAAAUAUUUUACUUCUAUACUCAGUGGACUUUUUCACUGAUAACCAUUUAUUUUGGGCUUGGAUCAUUGCUUUCCAUGUAUGGAUGCUACCAAUAUCAUAAUAAAGUUGGUGGCGAUAGAACCGAGGAUUUUGAUGUCGAGCAAGGCACUAAUUCAAAUGAAUCUAAUGGGGAAAAGCACUCGGAAUCCAAUCAAGAACAUCGAGUUCGCCAAACUGCAGGAUUUUGGGGUUAUAUCUUUCAAAUAGUUUUCCAGAUGAAUGCAGGUGCAGUGAUGCUCACGGACUGCGUCUUUUGGUUCAUAAUUGUACCUUUUCUGGCAAUCAAAGAUUACGAUCUGAAUUUUUUGAUUAUAAAUAUGCAUACCAUCAAUGCUGUUUUUCUGCUCGGCGACACUGCUUUGAAUUGCUUGCGGUUCCCUUGGUUUCGAAUUGCAUACUUUUUCCUGUGGACUGCUGUUUAUGUCAUGUUCCAAUGGAUCGUCCAUGCCUGCGUUUCGCUUUGGUGGCCAUACCCUUUUCUUGAUUUGUCAUCUACAUUUGCUCCACUAUGGUAUUCAUCAGUGGCUUUGAUGCAUAUACCAUGCUUUGGCAUUUUUGUGUUGGUAAUGAAGUUAAAACACACUCUACUCUCAAAAUGGUUCCCUCACACCUAUCAAUGUGUGAAAACAUAAUUCAUACGAUAGCUGCUCUGAAAACUGAACGAGUUUUGUGGUCCAAGAGGGAGCAUGAACAGAAAGAGGAAAAAAAUCUGCAGAGAUGAUCAAGAAGGCAUAUAUGGCUUCCACAUUUCCACAACUCAAAUAGGAAAAACUGAAAAUGUAUUAAAUUUUGCUUAGAAUGAUUCACAGAUAUGAUUUUACAGUGAAAACAAUUUUUAUUUUAUUUAGUUUUGGUUCAUAUAACCAUUCUUAACAGGAGUGGCUUAUAAAUUGUAACUACAUAUACAUACACAUUGAAGAAAAAGAAGGGCUGGUUUAUUUCCA